AUGGCGGGAACUUCUUUACCGUCGGCAACUACCAGCCGUCGUUAUGCCGCAAAAGUGGAGAAAGGUGAAAAUGCUUGGCGUCGUGAGUGGUCCGGAUUUAUGUCAGGUGUGAGUCUGAAGGACCUGCGGAAGGGAGGUGGCGUUUCACUUCCCAAAUCAGGUGACUUGGGAGCCAUGGCCUCUGCUGGGAGUGGUGAAGGCUGCACAUAUUCGUACCUCUUUUCCUCAGCGGCAGAUAAGAAAGCAGAGCGAUUGGCUAAAAAGCAGGAGGAGGCGGAAAAGCGUAAGAUGCGUGCGCAGCAGAGCCAGUGUGCGAAUGACCCACUCGCCCAUUUGAGCAAACACGAACGCACCUUGGAAGAGGCUAAACAGCGUGGUCUGAAGGUAGAUGGCAUGACACGAAAGGAGAUUCGACAGUUUCUGAAUUUAACCAUAUCGAAAGAGCAACAGGAAGCCGAAAAGAGGUUACAGGAAGAGGAGUUCAAACCUCACAAGUUGAUGGAUGAGAAACUGCAGUGGUAUCAGCAGGGACCACACCCCAUUGAUAUCAUUGCAGAAAAGUUAGUUAUGCGGAAGGCCAUAAAAAAAGGUAAACAACUCGGGUUACGGUACAACUACUUGCUGCCUCACCCGUCCUGGGUAGCGCGGCGGGAGCGGCGGCGGCGGGAAACACCGUUGAUUGGUUUAGGAAAGCGGUUCAUAUUUGACGAUGAGGGAAACAUGCUGGACAAUUUCGGCACAUGCCACGAGGCACCAGAGGCGUUCCCGCAAACUGGAGAAGAGAAUGAAACCACUCAGCAUGGGGAAAGCGGUUCCCACGACCAAAAGAGUUUGUUAGCCUCCACCCAACAGAGGCAACGAGCUUCUGAACCUACCACGUUGUGUACGUCUACAUUGGACGCGGUGGCAGUUCUUGUGGAUCCACGGGAAGUUAGCCGUUCGUUUGUGAGGGCCGUGGUGCGGAAUCGCGAUGCGGCUAUUGCGAUUAAAAACGCAAAUUUAACAACAUCUUACAUCAAUAGCUCGCUCAUAAAGGGCCCAAGCAUUGGUGUAGAGGAUGCCGAGAAGGAAGAAGGAGAGAAAAGGGGAGCAGCAAAUAGUUUACUGAAGCGUCCAAGACUCAACUCGACGGAUGGGCGUAAGGUUGUUCCUCACAAACGAUCGAAGGCAGCAUCGUUUGAGCCGUAA